AUGACACCGAAAAACGACAUAUCAAGUACCGAAAUGGACAGCGGUAUCCAAGGAUUUUAUAGAGACAAGGUGGUGUUUUUAACAGGCGCCACUGGAUUUUUGGGAAAAGUGAUAAUUGAAAAGCUUUUGCGAACUACGGAUGUGAAAAGGAUUUACUCAAUGAUUAGGCCAAAACGGGGUCAGGACAUUCAGGAACGCAUUGCCUUAUGGAAAAAGGAACCACUCUUUGAAGUCCUUCUACAAGAAAAACCCGAUGCACUUAAUCGGAUCUCCAUAAUCGCAGGAGAUUGUUUAGAAUCCGAUCUGGGAAUUUGUAAGUCGGAUCGCCAGCUCUUGGCUUCCGAGGUCCACAUAGUCAUCCAUGGAGCAGCCACCGUGCGUUUCAAUGAGGCGCUUCAUGUUGCUUUGGCGAUCAAUACAAGGGCCACAAGACUAAUGCUUCAAUUGGCCAAGGAGAUGAUACAUCUGGAGGCUUAUUUGCACAUCUCCACGGCAUUUUCCAACUGCGUCCUAUUUCGAGUCGAGGAGAAAUUCUAUCCCGAACAUCUGACCUGCGAUUCGGAGAAGGUUUUGGCCAUGAGUGAGCUGCUAAGUGACCAAAUAGUGGACAACCUGACAUCCACUCUUCAGGGAGACUAUCCCAACACCUAUACCUAUACCAAAGCAUUGGCAGAGGACGUAGUCCUGAGAGAAUCCGGAGACCUUCCCCUGAGUAUCUUUCGACCGUCUGUUAUAAUUGCCGCCCACAAAGAGCCUGUAUGUGGGUGGAUUGACAAUCUAUACGGUCCCAUUGCUCUUAUGUAUGGCGUGGGCCAUGGAGUUCUGCGCCUGAUUACCUACGAUAAAAAAGGUUACGCCAGCUUGGUGCCCGUGGAUUACUGCGCAAAUGCGGCUUUGGCCAGUGUUUGGCAAACGUCAAGGGAAAAAACCCCAAGAGAUCCAAAAUUACAACCCGCCAUCUACACUUUAGCACCCAGUGAAAAGAACCUACUGAACAACGAGGACUUCAUAAACUUCGCGUUAACCUUUCGAGAUAAGUUUCCGCUGACCAAGAUGAUUUGGUACCCGUUCGUGCACAACAUCUCCACAACAUGGCUAUAUCCACUAGCCGCGUUCUUUUAUCACAUUAUACCCGGCUUUUUCUAUGAUCUGGCACUAAGACUUUCGGGAAGGAAACCUCGUCUGGUCAAGCUCUACCGAUCUAUUCAUUCCAAUGUUGCAAUUCUGCAGCACUUUAUGCACAACAGUUGGUACUUUGAGACGAAGAGUGCAGAUCGGUUGAGGGCCUUGAUGUCACCGGAGGAGCGUCGAAUAUACAACUUCGAUAUGGAGGCACUGAACUGGGAGAAGUACUUCCAGAAGGCCCUGUUGGGCAUGCGACUUUACCUGGGGAAGGAACCUCCAACCAAGGAAUCCAUCGACCAGGGUCGGCGACUGUUGCAGCGAUUGAAGAUCUUUCACUAUAGCCUUAUGACUAUGCUUUGGGUCAUUGCUGGAAUCAUCUUGUGGGCACUGGUCAAAUUGAUGAUUUAA